AUGCGCGGAGCCAGGUUGCUGGCUUCCUGGGCCCCCGGCGUCACCGCCAGACGGGGAGCUCAGGUGAAUGGGAGCAUACUCAAUGAGCUCUACUUCAAUGCUCGUCCACUUCAAUCAGGAAUUGGCAUCUCUGGCGUCUCUAGCCGACAAUUCUCGGGAAUUUCGGCUUCAUUACGCAACAACUUCUCGCUGACGUCUGGACUAUCCAUCCGUCAAAGUAACGGUUCACGGUUCGAUAUCAUACGGUCGCAAUUAAUAGCGCAAUCUCGGUACUUCUCCUCGUCGCAACGGUCAUUGGAAUCCAAGCCAGUGAACUCAUCGACUAAAUCUGCUCAAACGAACAACGCCACGGCUCAGGACAAGGAAGAUGAAGACAUAGACAAGGGCUUCGAGCUAUCGGAAAAGGGAGCUCAGGCUGCGCAGGUAAACCUUGCCGCUAAGCUAAGCAAAGACGGCUCUGGGAAUAAGAAAGCCGGUUUUAAAGAGAUAUGGAGACUUCUGCUCAUUGCGCGACCCGAAGCUAGAAAGCUUGGGUUUGCUUUCUUUUUCCUGCUCAUCUCGUCAUCAAUCACCAUGUCCGUUCCCUUCUCCAUCGGCAAAAUCAUGGAUGCAGCUACAAAGUCUUCUGACGAAGAAGGAGGCGGUGGAAACCUGCUCUUUGGCUUGAGCGUACCGAUGUUCUAUGGUGCUUUGGCCGGUAUCCUGACAUUGGGUGCCGCUGCGAACUAUGGCCGUAUUGUCAUUCUCCGUAUCGUUGGAGAGCGCAUUGUCUCAAGGCUUCGCUCGAAGCUUUUCCGCAAUACUUUUGUCCAAGAUGCGGAAUUCUUCGAUGCGAACAGAGUGGGCGACUUGAUCUCACGACUCGGUUCUGAUACCAUUAUUGUGGGCAAAAGUAUCACGCAGAACUUGUCGGACGGUUUGCGAGCAGCCGUCAGUGGUGCAGCAGGCUUUGGUCUGAUGACCUAUGUUAGUCUCAAGCUGUCCAGUGUCUUGCUUGUGCUGUUGCCGCCUAUUGGUCUCGGAGCAUUCUUCUAUGGUAGGGCGAUAAGGAACCUUAGUCGCAAGAUCCAGAGAAACCUCGGUACUUUGACCAAGAUCGCGGAAGAGCGUCUUGGUAAUGUCAAGACUAGCCAGUCCUUUGCUGGUGAGAUCCUUGAGGUGAACCGAUACAACAACCAAGUUCGCAAGAUCUUCGAGCUUGGCAAGAGGGAAUCUCUGAUUAGCGCUACCUUCUUCAGUUCCACUGGCUUCAUGGGCAACAUGACGAUCCUUGCAUUGCUUUAUGUUGGAGGCGGCAUGGUUCAGUCAGGUGGCAUCACGAUUGGAGAGUUGACUUCCUUCUUGAUGUAUACUGCUUAUGCCGGCUCCAGCAUGUUCGGUCUCUCUAGCUUCUACUCCGAGCUGAUGAAAGGUGUGGGAGCUGCCAGUCGUCUCUUCGAGUUGCAGGAUCGUGAGCCAACGAUAUCCCCAACGAAGGGAAAGAAGGUUGAAUCGGCUCGUGGUCCUAUCCGUUUUGAGAACGUGAACUUCAGCUACCCCACGCGACCUGCUGUUCCUAUCUUCAAGGAAUUGAACUUCGAGAUUCCACAAGGGAAGAAUGUCGCCAUCGUCGGACCUUCAGGCGGAGGAAAGUCAACCAUUGCUUCGCUUCUACUGAGAUUCUACAACCCAACCGAAGGACGUGUUCUGAUUAAUGGCCAGGACAUCAGCGAGAUGAACGCCAAGUCCCUCCGCAGGAAGAUUGGUGUUGUUGCUCAGGAGCCUGUCCUGUUCUCGGGAUCAAUUGCUGAGAACAUUUCUUAUGGCAAGCCACGGGCUACCAGGUCAGAAAUCAUCGCAGCAGCCAGGAAAGCGAACUGCCAGUUUAUCAGUGAUUUUCCGGAUGGACUCGACACUCAGGUUGGACCCCGCGGAGCUCAACUCUCCGGUGGGCAGAAGCAGCGCAUUGCCAUCGCUCGCGCUCUCAUCAAGGAUCCCGACAUUCUGAUCCUGGAUGAAGCGACCUCUGCUCUUGAUGCAGAAUCUGAGACAUUGGUCAACAGCGCUCUUGCUGCCCUUCUUCGUGGAAACAACACCACCAUCAGCAUCGCUCACAGACUGUCUACAAUCAAGCGCUCUGAUACUAUCAUCGUGCUUGCCCCUGAUGGAAAGGUGGCCGAGCAGGGCACCUACGAGGAGCUCAGCUCUCGUCCUGAUGGCGCCUUCACAAAGCUGAUGGAAUGGCAGAUCAAUGGUGGCGAGAACACACCAGCAAACGCCCCCAUCAGCCCAGCGACGGAAGAGAAACUGUGGCAGUUAGAGAAAGAGGAAGCUGAAGCUGACGUCGAAGAUGCCAGCAGCGAACGCGACCAGCAGAAGAAGUAG